GGCGGCGGCGGCGACUGCGGCCGUUGAGGCGGAGGUUCGAGGCCUGAGUCCCGGCGGGCGCCGCCCUUCUCCGUCGCCUUCCUUCUGCUCCGCUUUCUGAGGGCGAGCCUUGGAUAUCUAGGUCCUCCUCCAUCCGGCUGAGAGAGUGUGACUUGCAGGGUCCUAAGCCAACACUCAGACCACUCUGCCACGUUUAAAACAUUAGUACAAUGCAGGGAUACAGAAGUUCUGAGGAAGGAGGAAAGAUGCCCGUGGCUUAAAGAACAAUCUGCCAUAGGAAUUUCCUCUGGAGUAUCCUGGCUGCAUUGGAGAAGAGGAGCGGAAGCAUCCCUGAGAAAAAUGGCAGUUAACGUUUAUUCCACCUCAGUGACAAGCGACAACUUGAGUCGACAUGAUAUGCUUGCCUGGAUUAACGAGUCGUUACAGUUGAACUUGACAAAGAUAGAACAGCUUUGCUCAGGUGCUGCUUAUUGUCAGUUUAUGGACAUGCUCUUCCCUGGUUCAGUAACACUGAAGAAGGUGAAAUUCCAAGCAAAGUUGGAACAUGAAUAUAUUCAGAAUUUCAAGGUGCUACAAGCAGGUUUUAAGCGAAUGGGCGUUGACAAAAUAAUCCCUGUGGACAAAUUAGUGAAAGGAAAAUUCCAAGACAAUUUUGAAUUUGUUCAAUGGUUCAAAAAGUUCUUUGAUGCAAAUUAUGAUGGAAAGGACUAUGACCCUGUGGCAGCCCGGCAAGGCCAGGAGACAGCACCAGCACCAGCUCUUGUUGUCCCGCUCCUGAAUAAACCUAAGAAAAACCUUACUUCAGGUGGCACAGCUCCAACAAGACCCAUGGUUGCCCAAAGAACAACGGUGGCUAAUAAAACUGGACCUGGAAUGGUUAAAAAGGCUCCUGCAGGAAUUGGGGAGGAUGAGUCUGCUGAAUUGAUCCAGCAGAUCAACGUAUUAAAGAUGACAGUUGAAGAUUUGGAGAAAGAAAGAGACUUCUACUUUGGAAAACUGAGGAACAUUGAGCUGAUUUGUCAGGAGAAUGAAGGGGAGAGUGACCCAGUUCUGCAGAGGAUUGUCGAGAUUCUUUAUGCUACUGAUGAAGGCUUUGUGAUACCAGAUGAAGGCGCACCACCAGAAGAGCAAGAGGAGUAUUAAUGGUCCACCUACUUGUACCAGCAGAGCAGCAGAAGCGUCAGAAUUCAGAAAUCAGAAUUCUUUGCCCCAGUCAUGUGCUUAUCUGUAAAAUACUCCAUUUUAUUCUUAGAGGACUCACUGGUUUCUUUUCAUAAGUAAAAAAAAGUACCUCUUCAAGUGCACUUUGCCUAAGUUUAACUACUUCCCCCUUCCUCCAUUGGGUUUUAUUUGAGAGCUCUUUUCUCACUCUUGUAGCAGAGCAGUAUUAACAUCUAGAUGGUGUAAUUUGGAAGCAAGAGGUGGAAUAUUUGGAGUUUGCAGAGUUGCUUGUUUGCUGGCAAGGCACUGGUUUGUGGAGAGUUUGCUGUAUUGUGCUUGGGUGGCUGAGGGGGGAGUAUGUCGUGGAGCAGUUUUGGGCCUGACUUUUCUGCAGAAAGGUUGAGCAGAUAGGAAGUGUGUUGUACAAUUAAAGAGAUGCCUUAAGGGGGCUUAAAGGAUGCUUCCAGAUGCCAAAUUAAAGUAAUGUGAGAGAUGUUAUGCGCUCUAAAUGGGGUGGGUGGGUAGAGCAUCUGGCCUUCUUGUUUUGGAAGGAACCACUUGACGCAGUUGGCAAAUCAGUCAGGGCUCUAAAAGGAGCCAUUUAAGAAGCCCGGUUGCUGUAAGUAAGUGUCCACAGGGUCAUUGACUUUCAUGGGGGAAAGGCUUGCUGUGUCCUGUUGCAAGAGUAGCGUGGGUAUGACUCAGAAGCCUGAGGGCCUCCUGGUUUUUAUGGAGGGGCCGGAAGCACAUGCUAUCUUCCAAAGCAAUAAGGCUAUCACGUUGAAAUCCUUUUUCCCACUUCUCCACCCCCGGCCACCGACUUUCACGUUAAGGGUCCCUUGACCCUUUGUUGGUCCUUCUGAUCCUUUCUGCACUCCUUCUUCCUCCUCCUCCUCCAAGCCUGCUAACUAAACUCUACUGGAUUGAAUUGUUUGCAGCGCUGCACUGAGACCACUCUUGAUCUCCAGCCUCUGUCCUAUUGUGUGUCCUUCCUUAGCCUUUGCCAGUGACCCAACCCACUGGUGGAGAAAGUUAAUGGGUGUUAAAGUUCAAUUGGGAGGGGGGGAGUGUUACAAAAAAUGAAAUGCUCAUGUGGGUUUUGAUUAUCGCAGUAUUCCUUCCUUGACCCUGUCCCCCUCCUGUGUGCGGGUGGCUUGGGGGACAAGCCCCUCAGCCCCCCAUCUGAUUGCUGCUCUUUGGGAGGGCCUUUUCAAGAAGUUGCCCCACAGCCAAGGCGAAGCCUCUGAGCUUGGUGUGCUCUUGUUUGUUUGCUUCCGGUGGUUACGUGUCCUAAGUGUGUGUAGAAAGCAAAGCAUUUUAUGGUUACUGUUGUGUAGUGCAUGAAUCCCUAUGAAACUUCAGAGGAAGACCCAAAUUCAACAAAUGCCAAAAAAAGCAAGCCAUUAUUUAAACAACAUCGGAGGUGCUAUUUCUUUUGUGGCCUUCUAGAUAAACUUGUUGCCCUAAACCAUAUUCCACCCAGACUCCUCUUGACAGGGUUUUUUCUACUUCUUAAACCAUUUCUAAAUAAAGUUCUGUUAUUUCAAAAAUG